AUGUCUUCUUCAAGUGUUGAAAUGCAAUUACUUACUGAUGGAUUUGAUAUCUUUGAUGUCACUCCUGAUCCAAAUAAUUUAAUGGCAGCAGCACCUAGAACUACAGACAAAGGUUCUGUGAGUAUUUUUAUGAUGUUUAAAUAUGCAACAUGGAUUGAAAUAAUUUUUAAUAUUAUUGGUGUCUUAAUAUCUCUUUGUGAUGGUGUUUUAUAUCCAUUGAUUGCAAUUCUUAUUGGUGAUGUAUUUGAUUCUAAAGCAUUUAAUCCACUUGCAUAUGAUGUUGCUGAAAUUGAAAAUUUAUGUAAUAAAACUUCAUUAAAAUUUAUGUAUAUUGGAAUUGGAUUAUUCUUUACUUCAUUAAUUAGAACAAUUAUUUUUGAUAUUACUGGUGGAAAUCAAAUUAGAAGAAUUAGAAGAUUAUAUAUUAAAUCAUUACUUGAUCAAGAAAUGGGUUGGUAUGAUGCUCAUAAUAGUGGAGAAAUGACAUCUAGAAUGUCAGGUGAUAUUUUCUUAUUACAUGAUGCCAUUGGUCAAAAAGUAGGUGAAUUCUUUUCUUAUUUUGGAAUGUGUAUUACUGGAUAUGUUAUUGGGUUUGUUAAAGAAUGGAAAUUAUGUUUUGUUAUGAUAUCUGUUGCUCCUUUCAUGGUUGGUGCUGCUGGUAUUUUUGCUUAUGUUCAAACAAGAACAGCAUCAUCUACUCAAGCAUCUUAUUCAGUUGCAGGAGGUAUUGCUUCAGAAACUAUUUCUAAUAUGAGAACUGUUGCUGCUCUUGGUAUUGAAAAAUCAAGAAUUCAUCAAUAUCUUCAAACAUUACGUCAUUCUCUUCAUGUUGGUAUUAGAGCUUCACAUGAAACUGGAGGUUCUACUGGAUUACUCUUCUUCUUUGUAUUUUGUGCAUUUUGGAUUGGUUAUAUUUAUGGUGCUAAAAAAAUUCAAAAAAGAGAUAUGUCUGCAAGUAAAUUGGCAAUUGUUGUCUUUUCAGUACUUUGUGGAACACUUGGUCUUUCUCAAAUUGCAACUCCAAUUGGUUCUAUUUUCAAAGGAACAUCAUCUGCAUAUAGAAUAUUCAAAACAAUUGAAAGAAUUCCAAAAAUUAAAAAUGAAGGAAAGAGACAUAUUAGUGAAAUUAAAGAAGGAAAUAUUGUAUUUGAAGGUGUUUCAUUCUGUUAUCCAACAAGACCAGAUAUGUUAAUUCUCAAUAACUUCAAUUUAGAAAUUAAAGCUGGACAUUCAGUUGGAUUAGUUGGUGCAUCUGGAUGUGGUAAAUCAACAAUCAUUGGAUUAUUACAAAGAUUAUAUGAACCAGUAGAUGGUAAAAUUAUGAUAGAUGGAAUAGAUAUUCGAGAGUUUGAUUUAUAUGAAUAUAGAAGUAUGUUUGGAGUAGUUGGACAAGAACCAUCCCUAUUUGCAAUCUCAAUCAAAGAAAAUAUAGCACUUGGUGCACAUAGAAGUAUUCUUGCUCCACAUUAUCAUGACACAUCUGACCCACAAGACUGUUUAUUAAUGCCAGAACUAGAAGAAAAAAUUAUGAAAUGUGCACAUAUUGCCAAUGCUACUAACUUCAUUAAUUCACUUCCUCAAAAAUUUGAUACAGUACUUGGUCAACGUGGUGCACAAAUAUCUGGAGGACAGAAACAAAGAAUUUCUAUUGCAAGAGCUUUAAUGAAUGAUCCUAAAUUACUUAUUCUUGAUGAAGCUACUUCUGCAUUAGAUUUUAAAUCAGAAAAGAUUGUCCAAAGAGCAUUAGAUAAGGCUGCAGCUGGAAGAACAUCAGUUAUUAUUGCACAUAGAUUAUCUACAAUUAGAGAUGCACAUAGAAUUCUUGUCUUUGACCAUGGACAAGUUGUUGAAGAUGGAAAUUAUACAACAUUAAUGGAAAAACAAGGAUUAUUUUAUAAACUCGUUAAAAAUCAAGAAAUGGGAAAGAAACAACAAGAGAAAUUUGAUAAUGAUGAAGACUUAGAAGAGGAUGUUGUUCCAGAUCAAACUGAAGUUGAUAAAACAUAUAUUGAAGUUGAUGAUGACCAUAGAACUAAUUGGCAAAAAUUUAGUGCACAUUUCCUUGUAUUUGGUAGAGUCUUCAGAUUAAAUCUCAAAGAAAUUCCAUGGAUGAUUCUUGGAUUUAUUGGUUCAAUGAUAUAUGGUGCUUUAUUCCCAAUUUUUGCUUAUUUCUUAGCAGAAGCAAUUUGUAUGCUUGUUACUGUUUAUUUAACUGGAAUGUCUGAUGAUAGUGAAAUUAUGAAAUACUUCUAUAUCUUCCUUGGCAUAUCUGGAGCAAUGUUUAUCUCAACAUAUUUACACAAAGCAUUCUUUAUGAUGUCAGGAGAAUUUUUGACAUAUAGAGUAAGAAAAUUAUCAUUUUAUGCAAUUUGUAGACAAGACAUAGGAUGGUUUGAUAAAAAAGAAAAUUCAACAGGAAGACUUGCUGGAAGACUUGCAGCUGAUGCAACGAAAUUAAAUGGAGUAACAGGAAAUUUGAUUGGAACAAUGAUUCAUUGUUCAUUCUCACUUAUUAUUGGACUUGUUCUUGGAUAUAUCACAAAUGUAAAAAUAUCAUGGGUAUCUACUAUCUUUGUUCCAUUAAUUGUAUUUAAUACAUAUAUUCAAUUAAGAAUUUCAGUUGGAUUUGCUGGACCAGAAACAAAAAUCUAUGCUAAUGCAGAAAAUCUUAUGACAGAAGUUGUUGAAAAUAUCAAAACAAUUAAAAUGUUAGCAAAAGAAGAUUAUUUCAAAGAAAAGUAUUGUAGUUAUCUUGUUAAACCAGCUAAACGAGCACCUUUUACUGCAAUUAUUAAUGGACUUGUUCUUGGAUGGGUACAUGCAUUUAUAUUCUGGAAAUAUUCUGUAUUAAUGUAUGUUGCAGGUCAAGAAUUAAAGAAAGACCCUUCAGGAAUGCCAGACAUUAUGAAAGCAUUAUGUUCUAUUAUCUUUGGUGCUAUGUCAGUAGGAUUUGCUGCAACAUAUAUGGCAGACUUUGGUAAUGCAAAAGUUGCAGCUGAAAGUAUUUUUAAAAUUAUAGAUAGAAAAUCCCCACAAGACCCAUUCAGUGAAGAAGGUGAAAAGAACUUUACUAUUGACCAAGUUGAGUUAGACAAUAUUAAAUUUAGAUAUCCAACAAGACCAGAACAAGUUAUUCUUGAUGGAGCAAGUUUUGUUAUUCCAAAAGGAAAGUCUGUUGCACUUGUAGGACCUUCUGGUUGUGGAAAAUCAACAGUUAUUCAAUUAAUUGAACGUUUCUAUAAACCAGAAAAAGGAACAGUAAAAAUUAAUGGAAGAAAUAUUCAAGAAUUUAAUUUAGCAACAUUAAGAAAUAAAAUUGGAUAUGUUGGACAAGAACCAUUAUUAUUUGCUGGAACUAUUGGAGAAAAUAUUGUUAGUGGUAUGUGUGGAAGCUGGACUGAUGACCAAUUAGAAAAUGGAGGAAAUCUUGUUGCAGAAAAUAUGGACAAAAUUGUAGCUGCUGCUAAAAUGGCUAAUUGUCAUAAUUUCAUUUGUCAACUCCCACAAGGAUAUAAUACUAUUAUUGGUGAAAGAGGAACUUCAUUAUCUGGUGGUCAAAAACAAAGAAUUGCUAUUGCUAGAGCAUUAAUAACUCAACCCGAAUUACUUAUUCUUGAUGAAGCAACAUCAGCACUUGAUUCUGAAUCUGAAAUGAUUGUCCAACAAGCAAUUGACAAGAUUGCUAAACAAGUAACAUCAAUUGUUAUUGCUCAUAGAUUAUCAACUGUAAAAGAUUCUGAUAUUAUUGUUGUUCUUUCUGGAGGAAAAGUAGUAGAACAAGGAACUCAUGAUGAAUUGAUGAAAGAAGAAGGUGUUUAUUUCCAUUUGGUCCAAAUUCAAGCUCAAUAA